AUGCAUCGUUUUACCGAUAUCGAAUCAACGUCAAAACGACUACCACCUGUCUCUGGCUACUUGACUCAUCAACUAGUAUCUCUAUCAAAAGCUCUUGAACCGAUCCACUCCAUAAUCGAUCGAUUGGAUCAUUUUAGCGAAAUCGCAAAAACCGAAUGUCAUUUUCCUUCCGAACAUGGACUUACUCGUGACGAGUCAGCUGCUGUCUAUCUUUAUACCAUGGAAUGGGGACAAAACAGUUUCUAUCGAGUAAUUAAUCGUGCACUACGUGCUGAAGAUCAGUUGUUAUUAAAACCUUGGUGUGCUUACCUUAAACUAUUCGAUGUAGCAGUACAAAAGUUACCAACUAUUCGAAAAAAUCUAUGGCGUGGUGCUUCGAAAGAUGUAACCAGAAACUUUAAGAAAGGCGACGAAUUUAUAUGGAGGUCCAUCAGUUCAUGUUCGACUUCUGUUAAUAUUAUCAAGGACUUUCUUGGACCAGAUUCAACCUUAUUCUUAAUUGAAGCAAUGAAUGGAAAAGAUGUUUCGAGUUGUACCAACUAUCCAACUGAAGAUGAAGUCAUUCUUUGUCCAGGUACAAGAUUUCGUGUUGCUAGUGAUCCUUUAGAUCAACCACCAAUGCAUUUAAUCCAUUUGCAAGAAAUUACUAAUAAUGACCAAGGAUCACUGCCAACAGCUCUUAAAACGAUGACUAUGACAUCAAAAACUGCAUCUACCCACACACUUUCUAAUGUUCAAGCUUCACUGAUACAUAUUUAUACUGAUCAAUUGGGUAACAGAUACGAAGGAGAAAUGAAAGGAGAGAAAAAACACGGUAAAGGUCAAAUGGAUUAUGCAGACGGCGGUAAAUAUAUAGGUACGUUGUAA